GGCGGGCGCGCGGACGCGCGCAGAAGCGGCGGCCGAACCCGGUAGACUAGCUGCGGCCGCAGCGCCGCCAACUCGCGUGCGACCCGCGCUCCGUCCGCCGCCGAGAGAGACACCGGCGCCGAUCUUUCCACCUGGAACGUUCCUCUCGUCAGGCUGGGCUGUCCUCCUGAGGAACACCAUGGCAGCCUGUGACCCUGUGAGGCUGGCAUGCAGGAUGGCAGGACAGCCCAGCCAUGCGCCCCACGGAGGGAAUCCGAACAACUUCUGCCAUGCCCUGGGGCCUGUGCCCUCUCCAGACCCACAGAGGCACCCCAACACCGUGUCUUUUCGCUGCUCACUGGCAGACUUCCAGAUUGAGAAGAAGAUUGGCCGAGGACAGUUCAGUGAGGUUUACAAGGCCACCUGCCUGCUGGACAGGAAAACAGUGGCUCUAAAGAAGGUACAGAUCUUUGAGAUGAUGGAUGCCAAAGCCAGGCAGGACUGUGUCAAGGAAAUUGGUCUCCUAAAGCAACUGAACCAUCCGAACAUCAUCAAGUAUCUGGACUCAUUCAUCGAAGACAAUGAGCUGAACAUUGUGCUGGAGUUGGCCGAUGCAGGCGACCUCUCACAGAUGAUCAAGUACUUCAAGAAGCAGAAGCGUCUUAUUCCUGAGAGGACCGUGUGGAAAUACUUUGUGCAGCUGUGCAGCGCUGUGGAACACAUGCAUUCCCGACGUGUGAUGCACCGAGACAUCAAGCCCGCCAACGUGUUCAUCACAGCUACAGGCAUUGUGAAGCUUGGCGACCUUGGUCUGGGUCGCUUCUUCAGCUCGGAGACCACUGCAGCCCACUCACUAGUGGGAACACCAUACUACAUGUCACCAGAGAGGAUCCAUGAGAAUGGCUACAACUUUAAGUCAGACAUCUGGUCCCUAGGCUGUCUGCUGUAUGAGAUGGCAGCUCUUCAGAGCCCCUUUUAUGGAGAUAAGAUGAAUCUCUUCUCCCUCUGCCAGAAGAUAGAGCAGUGUGACUACCCACCUCUCCCAGGGGAGCAUUACUCUGAGAAGCUUCGGGAACUGGUCAGUAUGUGUAUCUACCCUGACCCCGACCACCGGCCUGACAUCGGAUAUGUGCACCAAGUGGCUAGGCAGAUGCAUGUCUGGACAUCCAGCACCUGAAUGCAGCAUGCCUCAAAGCCAAACACCACUUGUCUUACUUGAGUUCUCUCCCCAAGGGCACAUGGAAGCCCCCACAGCCAAGACCAGAGGGCUCAGCAGGCUCCCAAAGGCGGCUGCCUCUGCCACUGAGCUGAAGGCAGCUGGGUUAUGGUCAAACUCCAAAGUCCUUUCUUUGAACUGUUGCAGACAAUCUGAGCUGGGCUAUUAGUGGGGGGAAGGGGCUUGGCAAUCACUGAAGUCCCUGUACCAAUUGAAAUGUGAACCUCUGCCUGGUUCCUUCAUACCUGUCCAGGCCCACACUGUCAGGAGACUUGCAGGAAACAGGGUGACUGGUGUGGGUGAGCCUUUGCAAAUGUUUAACACCAGUUGGUUUAGUUCUUAGUACCUUUCCAUACAGCCAGGCUGUGUGCUUCUUUUAUUCUCUUGUAAGGGGAUACAACUGAAAUAAUGGUUUAGAGUAGAGACUUUGCUAAUACUUUCUAUGCAUUUUAUAACUCGAUGAGUGACAGUGAGGAGCAUCCAGCAUCGGGCACUGAGAGGCAUGGCGUCUGGGAGGUAGGAGAGUCCUCCUUUUCUGAACCCUGCCAUGUACCAUUGCCUCCUGGAAUACUGUGACUCACUGUAGGAUAAGUACAUGGCAUUUUCAUCCCUGGGAAGAUAGCAAGAAAAACCCAAGAGCUUUGUCCUCACACUGUUCUUUACAAAUUCUAGUUCUCUAUCUUCCUAGUGUGACUUGGGCAAGUCUGUUGGCCUUUUUGAGCCUUCAUUUCCUCAUCUGCAAAAAGGGUAAAUGAAGUGUCUAUCUUCCAAGUGACUAACAGGAUCUAAAACAAAAGAUGCUACUUAGGCAUGCAUGGCAGCCUAAGUUUGUUGUCUUGGCACUUGGGAGGAGGCAGGGGGAUCAAGAACCCAGGGGUCACCCUUGGCUAUAUGGGAAGUUUGAGACUGGACUGGACUACCUAAGACCCUAUCUCAAACAAAACAAGACAAAACAGAUGCAAACCAGCCAGCAGUGGCAGGUGAUCCAAAAAUGCAGCCUGUUGCCCUUCAGAAAACUCCAGUCCAUGAGAGUCAAGAAUUAAAUACAACUGUACUAUGGGCAGGAAAAGCAGAAAUAUGUUCAUUUACUUUCUGUUCUCAAUAGGACUAACUGUGAAAACUAACUUAUAAAUGUGAAUUUAAGGAAACUUAA